UGUAUGUCCCCCCCUCUAUCUAACGUACGAGGGUGUACGCCGAGUGGGGGGAGGGGCAGUGAUUCCCGAGAGAAAGAGGUGGUAUUCGAAGCGGCGAGUGAGCGACAGAGCGACUGAGCGACAGAGCGACAGAGCUAGUCGAGCGAACCAGCGAGUGAGUAGUGAGUCUACCAAGUGAGUAACUGGGAGUCGUGCGAGACCCUCUCAGUCACCACGAGAUCGGCAAGCCGAAUGGUCAACCGCGUUUGGUCGGGCUCAAAAGAACUCUUCCGCACUCGUACGUACGUGGCGUUUCGAAUGUCACUGGGUAAACGGGGACACGACGACAUAUUUUCGAUUGAAAAUACGAAUUGUCGUUUGGCCGUCGGGAAGACUGACAGUGGGAAGUUCAACAGUACCGGUAGCAGGUAUAAAGCCAGUAGAUGCCCUUACGAGACGCGGAAUAACAUAGUAUUGUUCGCGGUAUGGAUUCGACACCGGAUACGAUUCCGUUGUGCGGAAAUUUUUAGAAGAUACGAAAAUGUUCGAAACGUGACUGUUGCACGGUGUGUUUAUACGGAGCACCCACACGUGAUUACGAUAUAACGGAGUGACGUUUGUCGUAGCUCUGGGUCUUUUUCUUUUUUUUUUUUUUCGUUUUCUCAAUAAUUUUCAUACAGUCGACCAAGACUUUUGUUCGGUAAUAAAUCCAAAAGUAUACUGUGAGUUUAAACGCAUUGUGCGAGAGUGGAUGCGAUUACGUGAGGCAUUUUCGUCGCUGGGAGAAGCCGAAGACUCUCCUACAGGAGGAAGAGGAAGAGAUGAUCUUCGAGCUGCUGGUGGCUGGAGCGUUCGCCCUCGCCACACUAAGGCGGACCUCAGCCGUCUCUGGCUUAGGCUGAAUUCACACGGUGCCAACCUCCCUUCCUCGUCUGGGUUUGUCGCGAGGACUCCGAGGGUUCACCGCGCGAGGAGUCCAAGUAGAAAAUUCACUGGCACAGACGGCUACUCUCACGAGCCUAGCGUUCUUCCUAAGUUCAAGUCUGAGUGCUGUCUCAGGGGCACCGACUUACGGCCUACAUACGGCCGACACUGAAUCCAUUGUCAUGGAACCCUGGGUGCAGCCCUGUGGUACGCCUGUUGUCGCUGCCCUCAAAAAGUCACCCCAGAGACACAGCGUCCAUCGUGCCCUCAAGAGAGUACGCACUCAAUUGAGGGGUGCGUACAAUCACUUCCAGAAGGAUCUCAAAGAAGUUCACGACGUGUACUCCGAGGUGUACAAGGAACUUAAGAAACAGUACAUGAUGAGCUGGUUGCCCAAGGAACAAUUCAAAUGGUACCACAAGGAGAUCUGGUGCUUAGAAAAAGGUAAAAAGGCUGAACUGGCAUUGCCGAAGCUUCACGACGCCUUGCAGAGAUUCGCUAUUACGUUUUAUCAUCUGAAGUCCUUCAAUCUGAAGUCGAAUGUCAAUACCGAACUCAUUAUGAGCAGAAGGAACAAGAUCAUCGACGGGAUGUGUAACGAGGUUCUCAGGAUGCUCUGCGAGGUCGAGUCCGCCAUUCUCAAUCUUGGACUGCAGCUUCCGUCGCAACACAAAUCCAGCGUGGUUACGGAGAAUCCUAGUUGGGCCAGGGAGGGCGACGACACGACCUUAUUGAUUCAGGACUGGGGUGUCAUCAGACUUUAUCAAGCAUUCCUGACUGAUUGGACACGCGCCUUCAGGGACGCCACCGCUACCGGUCCUGGUACCUGCGACCCGAAAAAGCUGAAACCCAUAAACGGCAGGCCCAAAAACCCAAGAAGAGGACCGGCUAAGGGGAGGAGGAUACCUAAGGGUAGGAAGCGUCCGUUCGCGGGUAAAAGACUAGGAGGACUCGGCAAGGGUGGUUCGGGUAGAGGGGAGGGCAUAAGAAAAAAGAUAAAGAAAAAUCGAGCGAGGAAUAUGCCUUAGAUCUUUAUAGAUUUAUAGAUCAUCGAUCAUCUCGAUCCAAUCGCGUAAACUCCACCUCGGGUUUCAUCGGGGUUGGAGAAACUUACGUGAAUCGAGAGGAUCUCGAAAAUCGACGUACCCUUAUUAUAGACAGGGUGAACCAAACUUAGUAAAAAAUUGCCUGAACCGAUCAUUGAUCCCUUAUGACACUCGAAUCAAUUUCGAAGAUUAUCGAUCGAUUAUAACUCAUACUAUAUUUUAGUCGAUCAACCAUCCUCUUUGAUCGGGACUACCUUACAGUAGGUGGGACUUUCAUUUUUAGAGCAUAUAUUCACUAACACUCGCCCCUUUAUUUAUUCCAUUGCGUCACGUUCAUCCCUAGAUUUUUAGUACCUAGCAGUCUUGCCAACUGACUCGAGUCGAGCGUCUAAUUGAAGAAAAUAUGGUAGUUAUAAAAAAGGAGAUACCAUAGCAUCAAAUUUUUUAAAAAUCUCAAUCAGUAUUUUGAGAUUCUACAUUUUUGAAUCUGUAUUUUUCGAACGUGAUGUUCGUGGUCUUCUUGGUUAAGGACAUCCGGGACUACAGCGCCAUUCAUAAUUAGUCCUACAAUUUGACACGUUCGAUCGCUCCUCUUCUGAUCUAUGACCAUACAUCUAGAUCAUCUGCGUUCGAUGAGUGAUCGUGCCUUAAGCUCAGCUAUACGUAUCGAUAUAAUAUGAAUACUAGACUAGAGACCAGUAUUAAGAGAUCUACUUCAGAGCUAAUGAGCAGUAUUACCUUGAUUAAUAAUAAUGACUUAAUACGGAUCAUUUACUUACUGUACGACCAUAGUCUUCGUUAUCUCAUAUCAAACGAAAGAUUUUCCAACUAAAGGAGUAUACACACGAUGCAAUGUACCUAACUAUAACAAUUUACAUAUAUGUAAUAGAUUACUUAAUACGUAAAAGCAUUGGACACAUCGCACUCGAACGUCAAAAAGUCGACUGAGUGUCGAAAAAGAAAAGAAUGUGCAAUGAAAAAUAAGAAUCAAGGAAGUUAAAGAAAAAUUUCUUUUUUAAUGUAAACUUAACGAUCAUAUCUCUCUAGAACGCAUACUGAAACUAAUGAUUUUUCAGUAUUGCUAUAAGCGACUCGAAUGAAUGAUUUAUUUAUUGUAGCUUUAACAGUGCGAAAGCGAAAUGCUUAAAGUUGUUAGCUGUGAUAUCUCGAACGUACGCGGACGUACAGAGUUCCUACGUUUUAUGUUUUCUUCAAUUUAUAUAUAUAUAUACAUAUACUACUGUAUACUUUAAGCAUAGGGUACGUUAAAAUGAGUAUGCGCCUUUAAAGAUACUAGCGUAUCUUUUAGUCGCGACUUUUUCUUUGACAAUCAUAUUCGAAUCUCGCGUACUCUUUGCUGACAUGACAUUAACGUUCAUUUUGUAUUUUAUCCUUUUUUCUUUAAAACCUCCUAUUUAUUCCUCUUAUCGAUUAUCGCGUAAUUUUGUAUCUCUACACUCGUCCCACUGAUAACACGUAUUUUUGAUAAUUCUUCGUAAAGGAACGAUCGUUUUGUUUCACGCAAAAUUCUACGCUGACGAGAAUCUUAUUAUUUUAUUGAAAUAAAGGAAAAGUACGAAAUGAAAAGAAAAAUUAGUAUGACGUACCCUUGUAAAUGACCAUUAAGAAUGACCAUCGAUUUUUUUUUUCGAUAUAACUAUAAAUACACGCAUUAUAUUUUAACUCUAGACUUAUUUUUGUACUUCGUAUUAUACAUACGUGUAAAGUAUGUCUGUACGCACGUACUAUGGCUCCUUUAAGGAUUCAAUAUAUUUUAUCGAUUAUACAUAUAUUAUAUAUAUAUAUUUAUUGGGCAUACACAUACUUAUGAACGUACAGGUAGAGCCGAGGUAGAUGCGAAAAAAGAAAUUGAUAGACACAGAAACACAUAAUUACGUAAUAUUAUGACCUAUUUAUUAUUAUCACGUUACCAUCGCAUGUAUUAUUUAUUGUCAUUCCUCUUUCUUGUGUAAUCGUCUCGAAUAAAACUUAUAUUUUGUAUUGAACCGUA